AUGGAUUGGCAGCCCAACCAAGAGUCCUUGAGGACUCUCGCAGCAUGUCUCAAGGACUCACUGAGUGGGUUUGAUAAGUCUGCGCAAAAACAAGCCGAGACCAUGCUUUCUCAAGCAAAGGCAAGCCCGGAUAUCAACAAUUAUUUGGCUUAUAUCUUUUCGAGCGCUGAGCCUCCCGCCGGUCUGGCUCUGGCGCCUACCGACUGGCACCUGGUCCGCUCUGCCGCGGCGAUCAUGCUUAAGAACAACGUCAAAACCGACUACAAGAAGAUCCCCGAGGCCAGCCUCGGCAUGAUCAAGCUCGCCGUCCCGCUGGGCGUUCAAGAUGCCAACUCACAAAUCCGCAAUUAUGCUGGUAAUAUUGCGACCGAGAUGAUUCGGCGCGGGGGCUUGUAUAGCUGGCCAGAGCUGCUGCAGGAGCUAUUGAAGCUGCUAAGCAAUGAGACGGGCCAGGUGUCGAAUGAGGCCCAGGAGGGCGCCAUGGCCGCCAUGGCUAAGAUCUGCGAAGACAACACGAAGCUGCUAGAACGAGAGCACAAUGGGCAGCGGCCCCUCAACGUGCUACUCCCCAAGUUCAUACAGGCGACGAAGAGCCCGUUGCCGAAAGUCCGCACCCAGGCUCUCACAGCCAUCAACGUCUUCACGCCCCGAAAGUCGCAGGCGAUGCUCAAUUCCAUUGAUGAUCUUCUCCAGCAUCUCUUUUAUCUUGCCGAAGAUCCGGCAACCGACGUCCGGCGCCAAGUCUGCCGGGCGUUUGUUCGUCUCGUGGAGACCCGACCGGACAAGCUUCUCCCACACAUCAGCGGGUUGGUGGAGUACAUCAUUUCCCAACAAAAAGGUGAUGACGAGGACCUUGCUUGUGAAGCAGCCGAGUUCUGGUUGUCGGUUGGCGAGCACGAUGAUUUAUGGCGGAGCCUCGAUCCCUACAUCCAAAAAAUCAUUCCCGUGUUGCUGGAGUGCAUGGUGUACAGCCCGGAGGACAUUGCCAUACUGGGAGGAGAAUCAGAUGAUGAGGAUGAAGAAGACAGGGAACAGGACAUCAAGCCGCAGUUCGCCAAGAAGAAUCUGAAGCGUGGUGCCAACACUGAAGGCGCAGCCGAGGCGUCAGCGGAAGCAAACCAAAACGGCAAUGCCUACGAAAAGCUGGCUAGCAUGGACGAUGAUUUGGAGGAGGGGGAGAUCGAUGAGCUUGAAGAGGGCGGCGACGAAAACCCAGACGAAAAGUGGACUCUGCGCAAGUGCUCGGCCGCGGCGCUCGACGUCUUCGCUACCGACUUUGGCGGCCCUGUCUUCACGUCCAUCCUGCCUUACUUGCAAACCAACUUGAAGCACCAAGACUGGCCGCAUCGCGAAGCUGCCGUACUGGCACUUGGUGCCGUCGCCGAAGGCUGCAUGGAUGUCGUCAUUCCCCAUCUUCCAGAACUCGUCCCCUACCUUAUUAGCCUACUGGAGGAUUCGGAGCCCGUUGUUAGGACGAUAACCUGUUGGACGCUGGGGCGGUACUCAGCGUGGGCAGCUAAUCUACAAGACCCGGUUCAAAAGCAGACCUAUUUCGUGCCUUUGAUGGAUGGGAUUCUACGGAAAAUGGUGGACAAAAACAAGAAGGUGCAGGAGGCCGGUGCGUCAGCCAUGGCGAACUUGGAAGAAAAGGCUGGGAAGAACCUCGAGCCUUUCUGCGGUCCCAUCAUUCAACAGUACGUCCUGUGCUUCAGCAAGUACAAGGACAAGAAUAGAUGGGUGCUGUACGACUGUGUCCAGACGCUGGCCGAACAUAUUGGCUCAAUUCUCGCCCGGCCCGAGCUUUGCAAUCAACUUAUGCCAGCCCUUAUCGACCGGUGGCAGAAGGUGCCAGAUCAGUCAAGGGAGAUGUUUCCUCUUUUAGAGUGUUUGUCGUACGUCGCCAUUGCUCUGGGGGACGCCUUCACUCCCUAUGCUGAAGCUAUCUUCGGCCGGUGCGUCAACAUCAUCCAUCAGAACCUGGAGCAAACCCUUGCCGCCAAUAACAACCCCGAGUUUGACCAGCCGGAUAAGGACUUCCUGAUCACCAGUCUGGACCUUCUUAGCGCCAUCAUCCAGGCCCUCGACGAUGCGAAGGCCGUGAAAUUGGUGCAAAACAGCCAACCCGCGUUCUUUGAACUUCUGAGUUUCUGCAUGGAGGACCCCGCCGAUGAGGUCCAACAGUCUGCCUACGCCCUUCUUGGUGAUUGCUCGAAGUUUGUCUUUGGCGAGUUAAAGCAGUUCCUGCCCUCCAUCAUGCCGAUUUUGCUCAAGCGACUGGAUCUCGAAAACAUUCUUGACGAGGAGAUCGACAGCAGCUUCAGCGUCGUGAACAAUGCUUGCUGGAGCGCAGGUGAGAUUGCAAUGCAGUACGGGAAGGGCAUGGCGCCAUUCGUACCCGAGCUGCUCCAGCGCUGCGCUGAGAUCAUCUCCAACCCUGGCGUGCCGUUCGGCGUGAACGAGAACGCGGCAAUCGCCCUUGGUAGACUUGGUCUUGACAAUUCCGAGCUGCUUGCCCCACACUUGGCGAAAUUCUCCGAGGAGUUCCUCAGAUCUAUGGAAGAAAUUGAUCCUUCCGAAGAAAAGGCAACGGCGUUCAAGGGGUUUGCGUUGGUGGUGGCGCAAAAUCCACAAGCCAUGGAGAAGGAUCUCCUGCGCUUCUUCACGGCGAUUGCGAGAUACCAGGAUCUGAAGUUGCAAAAUACUCUUAAGCAAGAACUCCAUGACAUCCUGCAGAGUGUUCUCAACCUCUACCGCCAACUGAUCCCACAGUUCAACGACUUUGUUGCCCAACUUCAAGCGCAAGAUCAAGAAGCACUGAAGUCCACCUAUGCUAUUUGA